CUCCAAGUUUUUAACCAGUCACAGCCAUUCAUUCGCCACAGCUCGUCGCGCAUACUGACAGGUAUAGUCGCUAUAUCUCGGACAGUUGAAUCCCCCCUCUUUCCCCUCCCAGCAUGGCUGCAGACUCGAUGGAGAUUGACGACUCUCUUUACAGCCGCCAGCGAUAUGUGCUGGGAGACAGCGCUAUGCACCAGAUGGCUCAGUCCUCAGUCUUUCUCAGUGGAAUGGGAGGAGUGGGAAUUGAGAUAGCAAAGAAUAUUGUCCUGGCUGGUGUGAAGGCAGUCACCCUUCAUGACACAAAGCAGUGUGAGACCUGGGAUCUGGGCUCCAACUUCUUUAUCCGCAAAGAGGACGUGUUGAGCCAGAGAAGGAGGGUGGAGGCAGUGUGCCCUCGGGUGACAGAGUUGAACCCUUAUGUCCAUGUUGACAUGUCUUACGCCGCUCUGGACGACAACACUGAUCUCAGCUUUCUUAGAAAGUAUCAGUGUGUCAUUCUGACUGAAGCCAGAUUGAGUCUACAGAAAAGAGUGAAUGAGUUCUGCCACUCACAACAACCCCCCAUCAGAUUCAUUGGCUGUGACGCAUAUGGCAUCUGUGUGCGGGUGUUUUGUGAUUUUGGAGAUGAGUUUGAGGUGUCGGAUCCUACAGGAGAGGAGCCCAAGGAGAUUUUCAUCCAAACUAUCACUCAGGACAAUCCUGGGGUGGUAACUUGCAUGGACAACCAACCUCAUGGCCUACAGACGGGCCAGAGUGUUGUCUUCAGAGAGGUUAAUGGCAUGGUGGAACUCAACAGCAGCGUGCGACCAGUCUCAGUCCUCUCCCCUCACAGUUUUGCAGUAGGAGACACAUCUCAGUUUCAACCAUAUGCACAUGGAGGUUUCUUUGUUCUGGUGAAGACCCCUAAAACAUACAGAUUUGAGACUAUAGAGCAGCAGCUGUGUGAUCCUAAACUCCUGACUCCAGACUUCAGUAAACCAGAGGCCCCUCUACAGAUCCAUGCAGCCAUGUUGGCUCUGGACACCUUCCAGGAGCAGCACGGUAGACUCCCCAACAUCGGGUGUUUACAGGAUGCUGAGGUUUUACUGAAGCUAACCGAAGAAGUGAAUGCAACUCUCAGGAACAAAACUUCUGUGAAUGCUGAGUUGGUGCGCUGUCUGUCGAGAACAGCAAGGGGAACUCUUCCUCCAUUAGCAGCAGCUGUAGGAGGUCUAGCCAGCCAGGAAGUUCUUAAGGCCAUUACAGGGAAGUUUGCACCACUGCAGCAAUGGUUUUAUCUUGAUGCCAUUGAGGUAGUCAGUCCACUUCAGUCUGUUCCUGUUGAGGAGUUUUUCCCAAGAGGCGAUCGUUAUGAUGGGCUACGAGCUUGCAUCGGUGAAUCAAUGUGUCAACAGCUCCACAAGCUCAGGGUCUUCAUGGUGGGCUGUGGUGCCAUAGGCUGUGAGAUGCUGAAAAACUUCGCUCUGCUUGGAGUGGGGUUGGCCAAGAGCUCAGGAGAGGUGUGCAUCACAGACCCAGACCUUAUCGAAAAGUCCAACCUCAAUCGGCAGUUUCUCUUCAGACCACAUCAUAUACAGAAACCUAAGAGUACGACAGCAGCAGAUGCCACUUGUGAUAUCAACCCCGACCUGCAGGUGGAUGCUCACCUCAACAAGGUGUGUCCUGCGACUGAGAGCAUCUACAGUGAUUCCUUCUACACCCGCCUGAACUUUGUGGUCACUGCGCUGGACAACGUGGAGGCUCGGAGAUAUGUAGACAGCCGCUGUGUUUCAAAUCAGAGAGCUCUCCUAGACUCUGGCACCAUGGGAACUAAAGGGCACACAGAAAUCAUUGUGCCAAAAUUGACAGAGUCUUACAAUAGCCAUAGGGACCCCCCUGAAGAGGAGAUCCCAUUCUGCACUCUCAAGUCUUUCCCUUCUGUCAUUGAGCACACCAUUCAAUGGGCCAGAGACAAAUUUGAGAACGCGUUUGUCCACAAGCCCUCCAUGUACAACUCAUUCUGGCAGACCCAUAACUCGGCUGAAGUGGUGCUACAGAGGAUGCAGGCGGGGGAAAGUCUGGACGGGUCAUUUCAGGUCAUUAAGCUGCUGAGCAGACGGCCUAGCCAGUGGGAACAGUGUAUUGCUCUUGCCCGUGUGAAAUUUGAAAAGUAUUUCAAGAGAAAGGCUCUACAACUCUUGCACUCUUUCCCUCUGGAUACAAGGUUAAAAGAUGGAAGUUUGUUUUGGCAGUCCCCUAAAAGGCCUCCAGCACCAUUUGAUUUUGACUUGAAAGACUCUAUGCACUUCACUUUCAUUGUCAGCACUGCUCGGCUUUUUGCAGGGAUUUAUAACAUCCCUUACUCAGAACAGGACCUCUCUGAAGAGGCGGUGACCAGGGUUCUCGCAGGCGUCAAGAUUCCUGAGUACAGGCCCUCAGAGAAAAGUAUAGAGACAGAUGAGACGGCUAAGAAGCCUGACCUGGUAAAGAUGCCGAUAAGCAGUGAAGAGGAGAGGGAGGCCAUCUCACAGCUGGAAGAGGCCAUUGCUACUGACAGUGUCACAGCAGACAGGUUACAGAUGAGUCCACUGCAGUUUGAGAAGGACGACGACAGCAACGGCCACAUGGACUUUGUCACAUCGGCAUCUGCUCUCAGGGCCAGGAUGUACUCCAUCGAGCCCGCUGACAGACUCAAGACCAAACGCAUCGCUGGCAAGAUCAUCCCCGCUAUCGCCACAGCAACAGCUGCUGUGGCUGGAUUGGUGGCCCUCGAGAUGAUCAAGGUGGUUGGAGGCUACGAGUUUGAAUCUUUCAAAAACUGCUUCUUCAACUUGGCCAUCCCUGUAGUGGUGUUGACUGAGCCUGCUGCAGUCAAAAGGACACUAAUCAGGGACGACAUCUACUUUACCAUCUGGGACUGUUGGACCAUCUUUGGCCAUGAGGACUUCACUCUCUCUGACUUCAUGAAUGCAGUCAGGGAAAAGUAUGGAAUUGAACCCACUAUGGUCGUCCAUGGUGUGAAGAUGCUCUACGUGCCUGUGAUGCCUGGACACUCAAAGAGACUGAAACUAACAAUGCACAAGCUGAUCAAACCAUCAGUGAACCGCCGCUACGUCGACCUCACCGUGUCAUUCGCUCCAGAGGCAGACGGAGACGAUGACCUCCCCGGUCCUCCGGUCAGGUACUACUUCAGCCGCAACGGAGAAACGCCCUGACACCUUCCAAGAUGUUGUCCUCAAACCUCUUGUGUCCUUAUUUCACUUCUAUCAUGUAAAUUGUUGGACCCAAAUAACCUGGGCCAGGGCCAAGAGCUAUUCCCUCAGGAUGUUAUCUGAUAAGGGCAAAGCUCCUGGCCCCAGCUCAAGCCCGACCCCCCCGUACUUCAUGGAGCAAGAAAAGGCCAGUCUUGGUUUUCUUUGCCCCAGAUCUAGCCAGUGGAACACGAGGUUGCUGGAGUAGCACUUAACUGUACCUGUGUACAUAUAUUUUCUCUGUUCUGUUUUCUACUCUGGUGAAAUGCACAGCUCCGCCUGUGACGAUGCCUUAAUUGAUUAAUAACCUUCUUUUCUGUUUGUGCAGUGAGUCUGACUAAAAACUAUGUUUUACAGAAACCUGCAUAGUCCCAACACAGUCUCAUUUGUGUUUUAUGUCAGCUCGGCCCUAAUGGCGGUGGUGGUUGUAGGGCCAUGUUUUGGGUUUUUUUUGUUAGUAGGCAUUACAGUGUCUUCUUCCUCAGAGUCCUGUCAUUGGCUUUGAAAGUAUUGCCAACCACAGAAUUUGCCAGUUGUUGGUCAUCUCCCCUUGUAGGAACAGGUCAUGCCAAUAUUUGCUAAAUAAUGUAGAGGUGCAAAAGGUCAGUGGACGAUGGCGAAAACCACCAAAGAUACUGAUUAUCAUUGUGUCUCCAGAUGAUUGUUCUUUUAUGGUGACUUUGACAGCCUCAUUAAAAACACGUUUAUAUCACAGGGAAUGUGUAUUACCUAAACAUUAAAGGGCAACACACACCGGCUUCGUCUCAGGUUGAUGCACGCCAACUCUUUGGGAUAUAUCACUGGCCUACUGACGAGCGUCAACCCAUCACAAAGGCAGCAGAUCUUAUCAUUAUUCCUUAGCCAACUGACGUGCAUCGAAUGAUGCAGUAGAUGUGUGUUGCUCUCAUCACUGUGGGUAAAACCACCAACUCAUUAGCUGCUAGUUGUACCCAUCUUGUUAAAUACUUGGGUUAUGACAGCAUCAACAUUAGUAAAACGUAUGUUCCACAUUAGAUAACGCAAUGGCAUGAGUUCAUGCACAGAAAAAGCCUUUUUUUUUCUUAAAACAUCUGUUCCAACAUCUGGGGUCACACUCCUGAUAUUUUAAAACUUUCUUUUUUUAAAAAAAAGAAGUAUUUGCUUCAUGAUGUAUUUGUUGUAUUUGUUUAUGGAUGUGUGUCAUAAACCCUGACAUGUAUUUAUUUACUUGUUUCUAAUUUUUCUGUGUCAAACUGAGCCUGUGUUGUUGAGCUCUGUUGAGUCAUGGUGCACUGGGUAAUUGUUAACAAAAGUCAUCUUAAAGGGGUUUUAUCCUGGGGUUUAAAUUGCCUUUCUGUUCACUCAAAGGUGGAGUUGUGAAAAUGUUCUUUGAAGUAGUCUGCUUUGGCUUAUAUUGGCAAAAAUGUCAAUGCAGUUUUGAAUGGAAUCAUUUAAAAAUCAAGCUAAGUAUUGAGAUCCACCUGACAGUUCACAUACAGUGCACAAGCAGGUUAUCCUGUGUCUUCACAAACAAUUAAGUCACACAAAAUGCUCCCUGGAUGACAUUUAUUUUUCUCCCCAUAACCAGCGGUGGUUAGUUUCACUUGGCACAGAAAAUGUCUAUCAUAUUGACAACACUUUUAGUGCAGUGAAUGUCAUAAGUGUAAAACAAAACAGUGUUAAUGACUGACAAUGAUAAUUAUGUAUGCUCUUGUGACAGACAACCAAUCAACCAAUGGUCCAAUAAAAUGUGAGAUUUCAGGAUGUCCUCUAGA